AUGACAGUGAUCUGUGUAAGCUGGAUUAGAAGCCGCCGGAAUCCACAGAGACAGCAACCUGAGCCAUCUCCCGCCUCCGGUCUUCUUGACUGUCUUGACACUGGGCGCCGGCGGCAGCAGCAGCAGCAGCAGCAGCAGCAGCAGCAGCAGCAGCAGGGGAGCACUAGGAGGUGAGGUAGAUGCUUCGAAAGUCGAAUAUCACGAUAAGCGUAUUCGGGCGCAAGUCGCCGGCGCUGCCCCCCACUCAGUGCGGCCUCGCGCUCGAAGUCGCCGCUUUUAGGACGACGUAUAAGAUACAAUUUUCCUGAUAUAGUCGGCUAGCAGGCAAAUUACAUGCGUCUACUAAACUCAGCACAGCUUCCCCGACGGGACACGGGUUGUAUUACUGUGUUGGGCAGUCUUGUUGGUUGUUAAAAUUAACACAAGUACAGCCGGAUCGCGAACGCGGUGUGCUGAAUAAAUAGCCGCAAUGAACAUGUCCAUUUUAAUUACCGCAUUUUUGGUUACGGGAAGCGUGAUAAGUAGGCAUCAUUGUUUGACGAAGCACUGAGCUGUCAUCUGAAAGCCCGGAAAUAUUCGACAGCGACUGCGCAUUUAGGCAAUGGCGAUGUCUGUAUAGACACGCAGAAAUUUCUGACAAUUGCUUUUGAAGUCUCUGUUUGCCGAGUGGUCGCGAACAUACGACGGAAUACGGACACGCCGUCGUGCUUUGAGGCAUAUUGGUCCCGAGGUCAGGCAUGGUGAUAGACAGUCGAGAAUGGAGAAUCGCAGCAGAAAAUGAAGCAGGGGAGACCGCGAUGUCAACAUUCGGUAGCAACUUGCAUCCGGACUGAGGAACCCGGCGGUCCGCCAAACACAUUUACUCGACUGCUCUAGACGCCAUAGACAGGUCUCUUGUCCCCAAGACAGUGACGCACUUCCGGUUUCACGUCAAGGCACAGUUUGCCUACACGCACGCACGCACGCACACGCUGGCUAUCCGCCCACGCAUGGCUCGCUCACUAGGUCGGAUUCCUCUGUCUGUCACUUCCGUCUGUCAUUCAUAGUCUACGUCUUCAGAGGACCAGUCUGGCUCGCUUAAUUGUGGGACGCCUGAUCACCCCCACCAUCUCCCCACACGAACCAAUCAACACUUCUAGAUAGGCUUUGAGCCUGCUUGAACAGGCACAGAGAGACUGCAGCUUAGGCCGCUUCAGCUCCGGGUGUCUUCUACACCUGUGGCCCACUGUUCGUUCGGCUGAACCCUACAGCAGCAGCAGCAGCAGCAGCAGCAGCAGCAGCAGCAGCAGCAGCAGCAGCAGCAGCAGCAGCAGCAGCAGCAGCAGCAGCAGCAGCAGCAGCAGCAGCAGCAGCAGCAGCAGCAGCAGCAGCAGCAGCAGCAGCAGCAGCAGCAGCAGCAGCAGCAGCGGUGAGGCGGAAGAGAUAUGAUAUUUCGGAAGAAGGUGGGCUAACUCAUGAAAUGCCAACCGCAAUUCCGAAAUGCGUUUCAGUUUCGAAAAGAUUAAUUAAGGAGGGCUGUAAAACUAAUCAGCCUGCACUACCAUUCCAUGAUAUUUCAGUUACCUCAGGAUACCGGCUUUCGAAUGAACUUCCUUCCGGCUGCAUGCAAAACCCACACUCAGUAAAAAAUGACUACCUACGUAGCAUGAAUUCUUGUCAUUGAUUUUAGAUGCCACUAAAAGUCCAACUAUAUUUCAUGGAAAACAUGCAUAAAAAUAUUCAUUCCUUCGCUCAUUCGGUAGACAAUUACGUUUUCUUCCAAUCUUAUACUUGAAGCAGAGGCACGAUUCGGUUUUAAAAAGGUUCUAAUUGUGGGACUUUUAAAUACCGUGAAAUGGCCGUUCAUAAAUGGACAUAUCUCUGUAUUUACCAAUGCGACCUGUAAAGUUAACAACAUGGAUCGAAUUCACGGCUUAACUUUAUGAACCCCGUAUGGUCCCCCUUUAUCACCGUAGAUAAAUGUGUGGCUUUCAUACGCGGUAAAUAUACAGCUUGUAGUUUUAAAACUCUGAAUCCAAGCUUAACGGUAGAGCAGGCUCAAAAUUAUUCGGGAAGUGGAAAUGUUUUUGAAAACCGUAUUAUACCCUUUAUUCGAGUAUAAGAUUGGAAGGAGACGUAACUGUCUACCGAAUGCGAAAAUAGUGAAUAUUUUUAUGCGUGUUUUGCAUGAACUAUAAUUGGACUUUUAGGAGCAUCGAAAGUCAAUGAGAAAAAUUCACGUUAAUUAAGUAGUCGUUUUUUACAGAGUGUAGUUUUUGCAUGCAGCCGGGAGGAGGAAGUUCAUUCGAAAGCCGGUAUCCUAAGGCAACUUAUUUAUUAUAGAAUUAUUCUACAAGCUGACUAGUUUUACAACCCUUCGUAGUUAAUCUUUUCGAAAGGAAAACGCAUUUCUGAAUUUCGGUUGACAUUUCAUGAGUUAGCCCACCUACUGUGCUACUCCGCAGACCGUCCUUGAGAAGCACUGCUGGACUUUUGAAAAUACCUCGCGAAUUUGCAUUAUCUGAUGUAUUCUGGUUGCAGUUCUGAAAUGGAGAUUCCCAUUUCUCCCUGGAUUUCCAGGUUUAUAACCUUCGUUGGGCCGCGUUAUAGCCAACUGGUAAACCGCUGCAGGCAAAAUCCGUCCAGCUCAACCUAUCCUUGUGAUUAUCAAUUCUGGCGACGGUUACGUGCAGUGAAUGCUUACAAGGCUCCACCGGAGUUCACGGCCCGCAUGGGGAGUAUUUCGGAGUGGCGUCGGGCUUCCACGUUCCCGUGGCGUCUCAGUCACCUGAUGCGCGUGGUGUGGGCCAGGCGGCGUGUGUGUAGCACGCGUAGACGUCCCGUUUGGCUACAAUCUCUGAUUUUUCAGCAGGCAACCUUCAGAAACUUCUAUUUCAGUGACCUCCCUAUUGGAGAACUCCGAGAAAAUCGCUUUUGCUUCAAAAACCUCAUGCCGAAGAAAAACAAGGGGGAAAAAUUACGCCACGUUCGCUUAGAACCAUUUUUGUUAAUAAAACCAAACGCGUUGAAUACUUUGUGAAUUAGUGGAUGCUGGAGGGCAUUUGUUUAACUGCAGGUCAAGAGGACUUCUCUAAACGCUAUUCUGCUGUUCUGUUCUAUUUACCAUGUAAUUUGCUUAAACAGACUCCAUGGAUUUGUGAAAAUGAAUUUGCUCUUUCUACAAGAGCUUUCGGGUUUUCAUAUUUGCGUUUGUCUUAAGGAAAUAAUUGUUUCUUCGUAAUUUACCACUUCUUUUGAUAUUUGUUUCGUGAUCUCAGUUAACUGGAAGUCUUUUCACGUUAAUUUAUGCUUUGUUCGAUGCAUGUGGACUGCACUGUGGACUGCAUGCAGCCGAAAAGAAUUGUAAGAAUACGGCAUUGCUUACUGAAUGAGCAAAAGAUUAAAUAUUUUUAUGCAUGCUUUCCAGAAAAUACAAUAAGAUUUUUAAGGGCGUCAAAACUCAAUGAGAAAAAUUCAAGAUACCUAAGUGGCCAUUUUUGCUGGGUGUGUUUUUUGCAUGCAACCGAUGAGACGUUCGUUCGAAAGCCGGCAUCCUGAGACAUUAGCAUAGAUUUAUUAUUUACUAUUAUUGGGUCGUCUGAGCACUGUCUUGCGUUCAGAGCAAAGUGGCUGAUGGAGGAGAGGAAGAGAAUACGGUAAGUGCUACGCAAGUCCGCUCCACUGUAAACUGAUCGAUGUGCAGAUUACUGGUGCCGCAUCCACUCUGUCCGUCACGCGAUGGACGUAGUCGCUUGCGAUGGUCGAAAAAAUAACAAAAAAAACUUAGCUACGUGUAAUCGCCAAUCAUUUUGCUUCUUUCAUGGUUCUUUUUUCCCUGUCCAGUGUUUUUCCACACUGUCCGACCAAGCUGCCGUUGUGUAAUUCUGGACUUUGUCAUCGUUUGAGGUUUCCGCUUAGAUUUGGUUUUACGUCCUUGAAGGUUUUUUUCUGAAAUUUCCGGACAGACAGCGGACACCGGAGCUUAUGGAAGACUGCAGACGCCGCAGAAUAGGAAAGGUACAGAGUGGGCGUUUCAAAAGUAGUAGGGAACAUCCUCCCACAAUAAUUAAUAUUCGUUUGUGUACAAGCGCUUGAUUGGUCACCUUCACGACGAAGUUUGUAGCGCGUACUCUCAAAAAAUGCUCAUUUCAGUCGUCUGCCUAUUUUCUAUCAACCACCGACUAUCGCAGCUGCGUCAGGCAGCGGCACAAGAUCGGCGAAACACGCGUGUCUGGGCUUUAAUUUCUACCUGAGUUGUCAGUACGGCAAAUAAUUGAACAACUCUAUACUACUGGCUGCUUAUUGGCGGUUUGUGAGUAUUACGCGGUUUUUCCGCAGUGGAUGAUGGAUUUCGGCUGAAGUAUUCAUAGCAAAUUUUGGACCGUGCCUGAAAAGGUCUGUCCCGAAGAAUUUACUCCAAGUUCGCGCAUUAAUUUCCUUGGAAAUUAAACAAGGCUGAGUGAAACUGGAGCUCAUAUACCAGAAAACACACGGGGAAGGCUGUGGACCUACUGAUGAGCCAAGCCGAUCGCAGCUGCGUCAGGCAGCGGCACAAGAUCGGCGAAACACGCGUGUCUGGGCUUUUAUUUUCUACCUGUGUUUUAAGUACGGUAGGCAAUUGUCCAAUCGUAUAAAUUCUUUCAGAUGUCCCAGCAAAAUGUACAAAAGUACUGUGAUUUCUCAUUUCACAGGAAGUUUUUUUGGUCUUUGUUGGAGUUCCCAUUCCUGAAGUCUUUUUGUGGCGUUCACAUAAUUACAGAACGUGACCUAUCUCAUGAAAUCUGAUAACUGAAAUUGAUGCGGGAAUUUCUAGACGUCUUUAAUUUUACGCACUUUGUUCGCUCAUCCACAUCCUUCAAUGAAAUGUCCUUUUCUUGUACAUAAAUUGUGUUUACAUAGUUAUAUCAAAUAAAAUAUCAGUAAAUUUUAGCGAAAAUGGACGUUGGAAUAUGUUUGUGCAAUUUCCUAUUCUAAUACAUGUCCUAGAUUCCAGUUACGCAUCUGGGCGACUUUUUCACUGAACGGAUAGUAAUUUAACCCCGAAAGUGUUAAUAAACAGAUUUAGCCGGACUAUAAACCUUAUUUCAUGCCCGAUGUUGACCAUGGUUAUCAGUCUCCUAACAAAAAGGUUAUUUAAAAAAAACCGGACGUUUUAUCAAUUCGAAAUGUCAAAUAAGCAGAUCUGUGCGAUCUGGUGCCCUAAAUUGCAAUAAUAACGCAGAUAGAGAUUCCUUCGUUUAAGUGGGCGGAAAUGUUUUUGCCGUAUGGAAAAUUCUACCUGAUAUCACAUAGAUGACCACCACGGAAUGGUCAUUUCCAGCUUCAUACAUAUGACACACUACUUUUCUAGUAUUUUAGCUUCUGUGCACACUAUUUUUGAGAAACAGAACGGACAAAACACUUUUAGUUUCAUCAAAAUAUCGGUAUUUAUAUGGGCGCUCUGCCGUGCAUUCAUAAUCGAAGAACGGAGUCUAAAAGCGAGCAAAAACAGUUGAAAUGGCCUCAAUGUAUAGAGAAAGGCAUGUUCUUGCGUUUACGGUAAAAAAAUAUUAGUAUUGUUUAGGAACGUGAAAAAAACCGUCAAAAGUGUCGAAUUUUUACUUGGCCUCGCCGUGCAGAAAUGCAAAAUACACAGAGAUCCGUCAACGUAGUGCAGUAAUAAAGCCCCUCCUAAAGAGGUAACUUAUUAGGGAAGGUUUUCUUAUUGAUGCAAGGCAUAUUCGCAGGUGACUUUCAUUGUGGACAGUCAUUUUUCUCGAAAAUGAAGUUUGAUGUUUGAAUGAAUAUAUAAAUGUGACCCAAACGGCCAUCUUCGUAAAAAGGAGUGCACGAACACUCGCUAGUUCAGUAACUGCCUUCAAGAAUAAUCUUAUUUUAAAGUUCUCAACAGACAGGUAAUUUAAAAUCUGUCUUUAUGGACGAUCUGGGGAAAACACUGAAAAUCAUGAGGUAUUCAGCAAUAUUUUGAGGCCGAUCUGAAACUCGCGUAGUCCAGAACGAAAGAAGAGUAUAAAUUACUUUAACCGAAUAAAAGUUCUCUCUAUAAACACAAAAUGGUAUGCUUACGAUCAAGCCUGUCAGUUCUAUUUAAACUUAUUAGGCACCGACCGGUCUCAUGGCAUGUCACCUUAUGAAAACGUUUGAUCCUACGACGUCCCCAUCGGCGAGAUCAAGCAAAAUCCAGCUUUUCUCGUUGAACUCCAUCUCAUUUAACUUGAAACCGUUAAUAAAAUUAUGAAACACUGGAAAACUGUUUUGGAAUCUACACUCGGAAUGUAGACAAUUGACAAACCGUCAUGUAUGUCUUAGACUCCGGUUACGCAUCUGAACGACAUUUUCAUUGAAGGGAUAGUAAUUUAACCGCGGGAGUUUUGAUAAAUGGAUUUAGUCGAACUUGAAAACUUAUUUUACCUCCGAUGUUAACCAUGGAAAUCAACAUGCUAAUACAAAGGCUAUUUUAAGAAGACGAAAGGUUUUAUUAAUUUCUAAAUGUCAGAUAAGCAGAUCUGUGCGAUCUGAUGCCCUAAAUUGCAAUAAUAACGCAGAUAGAGAUUCCUUCGUUUAAGUGGGCUGAAAUGUUUUUGCCGUGUGGAAAAUUCUACCUGAUUUCACAUAUAUGACCACCACGGAAUGGUCAUUUCCAACUUAAUACAUAUGACACAUGACACACUACUUUUCUAGUAUUUUAGCUUCUGUGCUUACUUUUCAAGAAAUGGAACGAGCAAAACCAUUUUAGUUUCAUCAAAAUAUCAGUAUUUGUAUGGACGCUCUGCCAUGCAUUCAUAAUCGAAGAACGAAGUCUAAAAGCGAGCAAAAACAGUGGAAAUGGCCUCAAUGUAUAGAGAAAGGCAUAUUCUUGCGUUUACGGUAGAAAAAUAUUAGUGUUGCUUAUGAACGUGAAAAAACCGUCAAAAGUGUCGAAUUUUUACCUGGCCUCGCCGUGCAAAAAUGCAAAGUACACAGAGAUCCAUCAACGGAGUGCAGUAAUAAAGCACUUCUUAAAGAGAUAACUUGUUAAUCAAAGUUUUCUUAUUGAUCAAAGGCAGAUUCCUUGUUGUGGACAACAAUGUCACGUUCGUUGUGUACAACAAUGUUUCUCGAAAAUGAAGUUUGAUGUUUGAAUGAAUAUAAAAAUGUGACCCAAACGGCCAUCUUCGUAAAAAGGAGUGCACGAACACUCGCUAGCUCAGUAACUGCCUUCAAGAAUAAUCUUAUUUUAAAGUUCUCCACAGACAGUUAAUUCGCAAUCUGUCUUGAUGGACGAUCGGGUGAAAGCACUGAAAAUCAUCAGGUAUUCAGCAAUAUUUCGAGGCCCAUCUGAAACUCGACCUAAUCCGAAACGAACGAAAAGUGUAGAUUAAUUUAGUGGAAGAAAGAUUCUCUCCGUAAACAAAGAAUGGUGUGUUUACGAUUGGACCUCAUUAAUGAAGAUGCGCAGUCUUCUCUAAGAUGCAUAUUUGUACAGACUGCGGUACAAUAGGUGAAAUAGUCACUUAAUCAGUUAUUUCACAGAUAAACACUUCAGAAACAUUAUAAGUAUCGCCCCAUAUUUAUUCAUAUACAUCGAUAUGGGCUCCAAUGUUCAGACAGUCUAAAUUACCAUGUAUUACCCUAGAAAGAUCGCUUUCGUCAUCAGAGCGAGUGAUAUGCGUGGGAGUUUUUGUCACGCAUUGAUAGUCUACGACAGUGUCUCGAAACAAUUUGCCUCUCAGGGCCCAAAUGCAGCGUUCGUCCGUCUAGAAGUCCCGUUCCGCGAUUAAAUACAAAGGUUGAGCGAGCACCUGAACCCUGAUGGCUUAUGUGCCACUUUCAUGAGUUAGGUCACUAACUGUAUUUGCCUAACCCCGCAUGUCCUCGCAAACGGGCUUGUCGUCUGCAGACACGGUUUAGAAAGGCGUGCCCUGCCAGGCGGUGGACCUUCCAAAAACUGCUUAGAACUGGGUGAUUCCUUUCGGUCAAGUAGGUCAGCCGUUGUUAGCCAAUAGCACCCCAGCCCCCCCGAUUGCAUCGCUGCCCUGAUCUCGGGACAGAUCGUACGCACCACACUCUUGUGAGGUGCGUACAGAUUGACUCGCUGCUUCGCUCUAUAAAGCCACGGACGCUCUGCAUACUGAUGAUCAGAGAGCGAUAACAACCCGCUUUUUGCGGGCGAGGAUGCGGGACGUCCGAUGCACUUGGCCUGACAGCGAACGGCUUGAUUAAUAACGAGAGCUCCUGGAACUUUCUCUCUCUCUCUCUCUGUGUGCGCGCAAGGCGCCGAAACUGUUGACAAAGCGAGAGUUAGUUUCGCCAGAGUGUGCACAAGCGGAGCGCCAACACAAAUUCUCCGAACCAGAUCUCUCUCUCGCUCUCUCCGUGUGUGUAUGUGUACGUCUGGCGCAGAGAAUGUUGACGACCGGACUGCGGAAGUGCGUCUCCUGAGCCGCUGCAUACUCCCCGCGAACCGAUGGUGAACCUUGGAGCCAGCUGUGCCGUAUGUCACGGGGUGUGUCGACAUCUGAGAUGAUGAAAUCCGUUUCAUCAGACGCUGGAAACGCCUCCUGAAUAGUGAAACAUCUAGAAAGAAGCUCUGUUCAUGUGAAUGUGCACAUUCUGUUGUAGGGUAGGCGUCGAGGUUCUGUCCCCUGAAAUCGGACGCCAAGUGUGGAGGCCGAAAGACCCAAGGCAGUCGGGGCGUCAGUAGGGUGAAGAACCCCGCUUAAGUGACCGUAGGCUGUGGAUCGUGUCAUAGGGGAAUGAUGAAAUUGGGGGGUUUUACGGAUGGAACAAUACGCCACACAGAAGAAUCAAGGAAUGCAAAAGGACACAGAAAUUGUUUGGAUUUCUGCCAAAAGCCUUUUUUUACGCUUUCAUAUGACAACGGAAAUGGGCGCGGUAAUUAAAAUAUUAGCAAAGAGCAAAUGUCGAAAAUAUCAGAGUCUGAGUAAUGGUCUUGGGCAUAAGAAGUGCAGUAGAUGUGCUAACUCAUGAAAUGUUAACCGAAAUUCUGAAAUGGAUUUUCCACUCAAGAAAAGAUUACUCAGAUAGGGUUGUAAUAUUAAUCACCGUGCAACAUAAUCCCAUCAUAAUUCAGGUACUUCAGGAUGCCGGCUUUUAUGCCCAUCUCUUUCUGACCGCCUGCAAAAACCAUACUCUAUAAAAAAUAAAUAUUUAUGUAGUAAGAAUUUUUCUCAUUGAUUUUCGAUGCACUUGAAAAUUCAAAUAUAUCACAUCGAAAACAUGCAUAAAAUAUUCAUUCUUUUGCCUAUUCGGUAGAAAAUUACGUCUGCUUCAAAUUUCAUGCUUGAGAGAAGGGUACAAUUCUGUUUUAAAAAGACUUUCUAAUUCUUGAAUUAUUUUGAAGCCGACCUGCCGUUACAUUUACAUCCAGGGUUUCGAAACUACAAGCUACAUUUUUUAUUGUACCGAAGAUCAUACAUUUCUAUACUCUGUUGAGAGGAGGCCACGUUGGGUUCAUACAGUUUCGCUGUGGAUUUGAGCCACACUGUAAACUUCGCCAGAAAUAUUAGUAACUGCAGAUACAAGAUGUUUUAUGGGCGGACAUUUCACGCUCUAUAAAAUCCCAUAUUUAUCAACUAUUUUAAAUCCGAAUGAAGCGCUUCCUUCAAGCUUAAAAUUUGAAGAUGUAAUUGUCUACCAAAUGAGUAAAGUACUGAAAACAUUUAUAGGUGAUUUCAACGAGAUAUAUUUGAAUUUAUAAGGGCAUCUAAAAUCAAAAGGAACAAUUGUACAAGGUGAGUAAUUUUUUGCAGAGUGGGGUUUUUACAGGCGGCUGGAAAGAAUUUCGUAUUAAAGUCGACAUCCUGAAGUAACUGAAUUAUCAUGAUACUAUGCUGCACACUGCUCACUAUCACAACCUUUUGAGAGGAAAACUCAUUUCAAAAUUUCGGCCGACACUUCCUGAGUUAGCCCAUCUACUGUAAUUGUUGUUGGCAGUGUAAUGUCUGCUACGGCCUGCUAGAUGCCAAGAUAAAACCCUACAUGACCCGAUCCACGGUCUACUAACAGUUAAGUAGGGUCCUUUAUCCUUCCGUCGUCUGGAGUCGUUUAGCAGAUCUGGGGAAUUUGCGGACAAAGCAAAUAUGUCGGCGAAAAUGAGAGAUUUCCUCAGAGGUGGAUUUCCGAACAAGCAGCAGCAGCAGCAGCAGCAGCAGCAGCAGCAGCAGCAGCAGCAGCAGCAGAAGGCAGGACGCUAG